GCGAGCGAUGCUCUUCUCCUCGUCAGCAGGAUCCGCUGCGACCCGGGCGAAGCUGCUGCUGCUAUGGGGCUGCAAGGCGUCAAGGCGGUUUUCUUCGACUUGGACAACACAUUGAUCGAUACCGCCGCGGCAGGCAGGAGAGCCAUCGAAGAGGUGAUAAAUGUCUUACAGUCAGAGCAUCAUUGUGAUGAAAGAGAAGCUCGCAUGAUUUGUGAUAAAGUCCAAGCCAAACUCCUCAAAGAAUGCCACGAUCCUUCUAAGAUGUGCAUUACUGACCUGAGGAUUCAGCACUGGGAGGAAGCUAUACAAGAAAUAAAGGGAGGAACAGCCAAUCGGAAUCUGGCAGUAGAAUGUUAUUUUCUUUGGAAAACUACCCGUCUGCAACAUUUGACCUUGGCAGAGGAGAUUCGAGGGAUGCUCAGUGACCUUAGAAAGAUUGUCCGUUUGCUUCUGCUCACCAAUGGAGACACGCAGACACAAAGAGAGAAGAUUGAAGCUUGUGCUUGUCAACCAUACUUUGAUGCCAUUGUUGUAGGAGGAGAGCAAAAAGAAGAGAAACCAGCAUCUUCUAUAUUUCGUCACUGUUGUGACCUUCUAGGGGUUCAGCCUGAGGACUGUGUGAUGGUUGGUGACUCUCUAGAUACAGAUAUUCAAGGAGGCCUGAAUGCAGGCCUGAAAGCAACUAUCUGGAUAAAUAAAAGUAUAGCUGCUCCAAAAGACACUCCUCCGGUCCCUCACUAUAUUAUUUCUUCGGUUCUUGAUCUUCCAGGACUUUUACAGAACAAAGGAAAUGCUAACUUAGAAAUUAACAAGGUGGCUGGUUUUUGUAAUGUGUGUGAUAGUUCCACUGGGGAAUCUAGGACUUUAGCCUCCUAGGAUUCAUGUUGAAGCGUAUUUUUAUAUGUGUAGCUUACAUUGGUUUUUCUUCAGUGCUUUGUGGUGUGAACAUUAAAACAACCGCACACCCUACUUUGGCUACAAUUACAUUUGAUUUCUCCAUUCCGUCCCGCAUUAACUGUGUUCACAUGCUGCACAAACAUCAGGAAACCCUUUCAAAUAUGCCUUUUGUGUUCACUUCUCACAGAAACAGUCAAAGUGUGGCCCUAAGGCCACCCAUUCUGCCCAUGCAAGCUUAUUUAUUGAACAAGUUCAUAUAUUUGUUUGAAUUCAAAGAGCAGAAAAGUGCUGACCGGAAAAUUCUCCAUUACUUUUUUUUCUUUAGAAAGAAACUAGUUAAUAGCAAUCAAAUCUAUAACCUAGUUAAGCUGAGGUGCUUGAUAUUGAAAAUAUAAUAUUUCUGUUUCCUUCAACGAAACCCAAAGUCCAAUCUGGAAGUUUCCAAUGGCAGCACAUAAGAUGAUCAGACAAACCAGUUUUCAAAACAUUCAAUCCAAUUUUAAAUGCAUUAAUUUGGAGGCAAGUCCCAUUGUUUUCAGUGGGACAAUUCAAAGUGUGAGAUCAAGAUUAUGUUGUUGAAAAUGAGCUGACACAAUGAUAUAAAAUGCAAAACAUCUUCA